CCUCCCUACAGCUUGGCGCUUUAAAGGACACGUCGCUCCUCCUCCAAUUGACGCUCACCGACCCGUCAUCCGCUCUCUUUCACCAUCUAGCGACCGCAAACGACCUCAUCGACAAUGAUGGUCAUGCACGCCAAGAGCGAAUCACUCUCUGUCCCUUCCCCAGUCAAAGGCCACCGUCACAGGCGCUCUGCAGCCAUCUCUCUUGACUGGCGCAACGUGCAGCUGCCGCCUAUCCUGGACACAGCUAUGCUCAGCAGCAGCGCACCGGUCAACAUUCCCUCCCCUGCGCAGGCCUCUCAACCGGCCAUGACAUUCGCUAGUACACCCGCAGAUGCAUCGCCUUCCUCUGCGCGGACACCAUGCUCUUCUUCAUCUGUUUCCGAGUGCAGUCUCGGCGACCAUGCGUCAGAAGCACGGCCGGCCCUGUCGACGCAAGUCAGCAGUGCAGCCAGUCCACGCAAACGUGUCAGUUUUCUCGAUGAUGUACAGGAAAUCCCUGGCGCGGUAGAGGAAGGCGAUACGUGGCUGAGACCAGAAGAUUAUACCUGGCCUCUAAUGCCCGCUGGUCCGUCCACCCUCAACAAUGACCCGCUCGCGCCUUCCAUUGACUUGGCGCCCGCUGCACCAACCCAAAUUCCGGGAUCACCCGUCUUGCUGCAUCGCAAGAAACGCAGCUCCUUCUUACAAACCACAAAGAACGUCCUCUCACGUCGCCCUUCGAAGAGUGUUUCCAAGAAACAGCGCGUUCAUUUGGAGCGCGAUAAUGAAGUGGCACCUCAAGCUCCCCUCAUUGAUCUCGACGCCGCACUCGGGCCGGCCCCAUCACUGCGUCACAAACGAUCAGGCUCGCUGGGUCAUCUACCACCCUCGCCCGUGAAGCUUCCUGGCAAAGGACUCGGCAUUCAAUUCACAAGCGGUGGCAUGUCGCAUAAACGAGCAGAUUCCGCACCAGCAGACUUGUUCUUCUCUUUCACACCCAGGCCAUCGACGCCGGACUCAAGAAAACGCAAAAUGUCUGCCAUUGUUGAACAUCCAGGUUCAAGCGGGUCGGCCGUCUCGACGCCCAUUGCUGCUGCAGGUGUAGUGGAGGUGCGCAUGGACUAUCAGUUCCCCAGUAAACCUGUUGAGGCGAGUCUUGUCAUGAUGGGUGAGCCAGGUGAUAUGGUUGACUCUCGUACCUCUGUUCAAAAAACACGCCCAGUCUCGGCACUCUCACAAGUCAUGGCCCUUCCUGCCUCACCACCCAUUUCACCACCUGCAAAGAGGAAGGGUUGGAAGGGUUACUUGCAUCGUCUUUUGCAUUGACCAUGACGACCUCUGCCAACACUGGACUGCUGCGCCGACUUGCUUUCUCUGUUUUGAAUUAUUCUACUGCAUGGCGCUGCAAGCAUCUUUAUUGUCAACACUUCACACACAUUAUGGCUUGAAUACAUUGUGUUCUUGCUCUUCAAUCCCCGACAACUUGCCUAGCUGGCGCUAGUCGAGAUGUCUUACAUUCUUUACACCAACACUCUCUUUCAUUGUCUGCUUGUCGAAUCACAUCGACAUGCAUGCAAGCUCCUUC